UGCUUGCUUGAACAGAACUGAACGUGAUACUUCAUUCCGUUUAGUAACAAUUAGAUAACUAUAGAAUGUGAAUUGAAAUCUCACAUUAAGUUUAGUGAAAGAAAAUGUUUUUCAUCUUUUAAAAGUUGAAACAAAUUUAUGAGUCCCAAAUUAACGUUUUAAAUGCCUAACGAUAUGUACUGAAAGAGCAGGACUUCUUGCUUUAACCUCGUUAUAUUUUUUAAAUUGAUAAGUUUUGGAUAUUUUCUCUAAAUGUAAAAAUAUUGCUUGGAAAUGAAUGAACUAGUUAAAGAGAAAGAUGUUAACAAUAAGAAAAACAUUUAUAAUUAUCCAUUGUUAAAGGAAUCAGACAUGUCAGAAGAAAUGAAAUCUGACACAAUGGAUUUGUGCAUAACAUCUUACGAGAAGUAUUCUACUGACCAUGAGAAAGUUGCAAGAUUGAUAAAAGAAACUUUGGAUCAAAAAUAUGGAGCUCCUUGGCAUGUUGUGGUUGGUGAAGCAUUUGGAUUACAAGUAUCUCAUGAUGCAAAGCAUCUAAUGUACAUGUUUUUGGCUGGAAACAAAGCUAUAUGUGUGUGGAAAUGUUCCUAAUGACAACAAGAUAAAGGGACCGCCCAAAAUUCCAGAAUUGAUUUCCCAUUCGAAGAAGAUUUCGACUAUUUGGUGCUUAAUAAGAAAAAGGGAGGCUUGGAGUUCCCUGUACAGAAAAAUUUUGAAAUUUAAGGGUGUAUUUUCGAAAAAAACAAUUGCUUGUUAUCUUUGGUUUCUUGAAGGGAAAGGAUGAGAUUCAGGAAUUCUCCCUGUCGUUUUUUGAUAUUAGAGCUUCAAAAACGCAAUUUUAGAUAUCUUUAGUCAGGGUGGCGACAGGAACUGUGAAAAAAAGUUCCCUGACUUUCCCUGAUUAAGUUCACCACAUUUCCCUGAUUUACAUUACCAAUAAUAAUGGUUUUCUUUCUUUGCUCUACUUGAAAUCCAUUGUAUGUUUGUAUAAAAUGCAGUAUUGUAAACAUAUCAAGUCAAUUUUUUUGAAAAAAAACCCCUACGAAACAGUAUAUUAAAUUUUUCUACAUGGAAAGAUUAGAGAAAAUUAAAAAAAAAAAAAACU